AUGAUGCGCCUCAUUCUCCCAGUGCUGCUUUUGCACGCAAUUCGCGCGCAAGUCCAUGAAAGCUGUGAACGUGAUGAUUGUUUGAAGGGCGAGCCUGAAGAUGCCAUGAUGCUACAAGCCUUCGCUGACAGGAAGGAUACGAAGAAUUUCACCCGAGAUGUGCUCCAAGUCUCUGGUGGACUCUGUCGAAUCAUGUACUUCCCAGACAUAUUUUCCCCGGACUGGCGGCGGAUAUAUGACGCCAGUGACACCUCAUUGGGGUGUGACCUGGCGGCUCACUAUGCCUACGACACGUGUUGGGGGCUGUAUCAGAACUGCCUUGUGAACAACCUGGCCAAGCGGUACACCGUCAAAUUUUUCAAGGACAGUGUCAGCAUAGGCAAAUCGGCAGUUAUCACUCCACCCAUGAACACCUGCAUUACGGGCACCUGCGUCCAGGCUGGACAAACCCAGGUGUGCACAGUCAUUGAUCCCCCUGUGAAACGAACGGCAUCGGUGACGGGAUCGGUGACGAUCACCGCAUCAGAAGAUAUCAGCGACUACAGGAUUCAAUACGCCUGCAGAACGGCAUGUGAUACUCCUCCGGGUGCUGACUAAGCCGGACUAAGCCGUGCAUGGUGAUUAUAGAUAAUUUCAAGGUUGAUCCAACACAAUCAACUUGGUAUAAACUUGGCCAUGUAUUUCCAUUCCAGUUGGCCAGUCACGGGCGACCGAGGACCCCGAGUAAAA